AUGAUUUAUCGUAAUUCUGAAGAAGAAAUGACAGGUGGCUUUGAAACAGGCAUUUUGAAGUGGGUGGAGGUUGAAGACGAACUCGAUCACCACCGUUUACACCAUGACCCUGUCAUGAGUCUUGAUCUUAAUCUUGCACCCAUUUUCCAAGAGUCUCAAAUACACCCUGUGGGCUCAGUCGAUGGUUUACUCUGCCUGUGGCAGCUUGGUAAGGGAAAAGAUAACACUUACAUAUGCAAUCCAAUCACCAGAGAAUACAUGAUCCUCCCGAGGCAACAAUACUAUAUUGAACGAGAUUCAACAAGUGUCUAUUGUUUUGGUGUCAGUUCACUUACACGAGAAUACAAAGUGAUACGGAUUUUCCAAAAGCUUAUACCUCCAGAUUUCAUCUCAACAUUUCAGGUAAUUCUAUCUCAAUCAGAAGCCGAAGUUUACACUCUUGGCACAGGACAAUGGAGAAGUCUUGGUCAUGUCCCGUAUUGGAUUAGCACAUGCUCUGGGCCAUAUUUGAAUGGGCAUGCUCAUUGGACCCUUGUUGGCAACGAUUUCCCUGAAAAAAUUUGUGCUUUUGAUUUUGACAAAGAGACAUUUGAGCUCUUCCCUUCACCUCCCUAUGAAGCUAUAGAAGAAAGUUUUGGAGGAACUUUGGGAGUCCUAAAGGGGUGUUUAUGUCGAUGUGACACCUAUGAUUCUAACAUGACUGUUUGGGUGAUGAAGGAAUAUGGGAUCAAGAAUUCUUGGCAUAAAGAGUUGGUGAUCAAAUAUAUUAUCAAACCUGAUUUUGAUAUGUUGGGUUUGGAACCCAAUUUUCUAAUUGAGGGUUUUAAAGAUGGAACUUUUUUGAUGGCAAAUAAUGAAAGUAACCUAAUUGUUUACUGUCCUCGGAGGAAAACAGUUGUAGAUAGGGAAGUAUUUGGUGGCUACUUCAACGGAUUGCCUUAUCGUCCUAGCUUUCAUAGACUACACAACUUUAAAAACGAGAGAGUUCAUGUGUUUUAA